AUGAAGCGUAUCAGUCUCCUGAGUUGGUGGAAGUGGGCUGCAGCAGAAAGUUUCGGCGAGCCCGAGUGUCCGUGUAUUGGUAACAGUUCCGGUCUCAUUGAGCAGCUGCAGCCACAGCUCAUAACAGCUGGGUAUCCUUCAAACUAUGGACUUCUGGGAUGUGAUGCAUAUGAUGUGAACUUGUCAACGUCAGGGUGCCGUUGGAAUGAGAAGCCGCAGUGCCAAAAUCCAUGGUGCUUUGUAGACAUGACCCGAUGCCCCAUCAACAAGGCUCGUUGCGAAGCAGCAGGUGGUAUUCCGGGCAGCACGGUUUCACCGGAUUGCCGAACACGACCGUAUGCAGUUCGUUCCUUCCAGAAUUUAUCCGUGUACUACAGCUAUGAGACUUGUGGAUCUGUGAACAUGUAUGACAGGAACAGGCAUUCAGUCAACGUAGGAGGCAACGUCAUCAGAGUCGUCAUCGAUCCCGUCGCGCCUUGGGUGGUAAGGCGCACUGGUUUCACUCGUGCGCAGGAGUACGGUGGGCCUAGUUACGAUUUUUUUCUGAAGACCUUGGAGUUGUUCGAGCCAAAGCCAGUUCUGAGCAUUCUCGAUGGUUGGGCAACGACGCAGUCCAAGCAGAAGUUUCAAAGCGACUACACUGCUUGUGUUCACGACGUUGCGCUCGGGACCUUUGACAUGUGCAUUGCGGAUAUUUGGCUUACACCAGAGCGCCAUUUGCUGGCCAGGUUUGUGCCUCCGCUGAGGCAAGACUAUUUCUAUCUUGUGGUCCCGAGAAAAAUAGAGGGUGUGGCGUUCUGGACUCGCUUGAAAGGGCCUUUCUUGCCAUUCACGCCAGCUGCCUGGGCAGGAAUUGUUGCGUUUCUGUGUCUCAUGUCGUUGCUCCUUGGGCUGGUACGAGUCUGUGAGGAUGAGCAUGACGAGCUUGGUAGCUCUAACAGCUGCAAGGUGAGAUGCUCCUGGCGCAUGGGAGAGCUUGGCCGCAUGGUUUUUCACGUCUUUCAUGAUUUCCUCCUGGGACAAAGUAGCAUCCUCGUCGAAAAGGGCCCAGUACGCAAACUCUUCAGUACUGCAAUGGCCUUCUUCAUUUUGAUUGUGUUAGCGAGUUACACUGCAAGUUUAGCAUCGAUCCUUGUCAUCCAGCGUCAGAACGUUGGGACCAUCAACAGCAUCAACGAGGCUAUUGCCCAAGACGUCCCAAUCUGUGUACCAUCAGUUUUGCUGUCAACAUUUUCUUACGUCUUCCCACGGGCGUCCUUCGUGGAGAGCCCGGAGUCGCGCAAUGGGCCUCGCCUUCUGUAUUCGGGGGCUUGCAGCGCCUUGAUCUUGUCGCAGGCGACCUUAGACAACAUGUAUGCAGGUCAGAUCCGUGAGCAUGACUGUGAGGCAGUAGCUAGUGGCAGCAUCACUGAAGAGGUAGGCCGCUGCGAGAGAGACCACCUGGGCAAUCUGCGCAACGACUGCAAUCUCAUCCGUGUUGGCGACUUGCUUUGGUCUGCGCCGAUCUCGUUUCCUGUCAGUGAACGAAUGGCACACAGCAUGUCAUGGGCCUUCACUUAUGCCAUGACGAGUGGGCUUAUGGAAGAGACCAAGAAACUGAAUGCAGACGUUUUUCCUGUUUCUAAGUGUCAAGGAGAUGCUGAGCGGAGUGACGAGGACGGCCUAACUUUGGACGACCUCAGUGGCACUAUUUUCAUUGCACUGCUUAUUGCAGGAUGCGGGCUCAUCUGUCUGGCUGGGACCGCAGUUUGCAGAGCACUGGGGCGUUUCCUCUGGGGGACCGAAGAGAUGGCAAGGACGACUGCAACCGCAAGUGGGAGUGAUACCGAUUCUGGUCGUGGGCCAAAGCGCCCAUCAGGGUUGAAAGAAGGCUCCCGGCUUGCCUGUCUGGAAGAACAACCUCUAGAUGACCAAAUCGUCCCUCUCCCGCGUGAAGUCGAGGCAGACUCGGAUGGAGUGUGUGGCUGCUUCCGAGCAGAGAUCAGAUGA